CGAGCCCGACGGAAGAUCUAGGCUCAUUCCGAACCUUCUUCCUCGUCUUUUCUCAUCAUCUUCCUUCACCUUGCGAUAGCAGCUCCUUUCUCUUCCUUCCUCGCUGCUUACCUCCCAUUCAUCAUGUCGUCCACAGCCGUCUCUUUACCACAGGGCGGCGUAUACGACGUGACUGUCUUCGGCGCAACUGGUUUCGUCGGCCAGCUCUGCAUCCGACACCUCGUGGACCAUCCCGACUUCACCUCUGGCGCCUUCACAUGGGCCAUUGCCGGUCGUUCUGCAUCAAAACUCUACUCGCUCAAGCAGAAGUACUCUCUCCCCGCCAGUGUGGGCAUCAUUGAGGCGGACACGUCCAAGCCUUUGGAGGGUGGACUGGAGAAGAUGGUCAAGCAGAGUAGAGUGGUGAUGAAUCUUGUGGGGCCUUAUUCGGACUAUGGCUCAUUCCACCUCGCUGAGCUCUGUGCGCAACAUGGUGUCUCGUACACUGAUUUGAGCGGAGAGUCCCUGUACAACAAGAACCUUGUGGAGAAGCUGCACGAGACGGCCAAGAAGAGUGGGGCGACGCUGCUGCCUAGUGUGGGCUACGACUCGCUGCCGGCGGAUCUGUCCGUUUACCUUGGCGCGAGGCGGGUGUUGGAGAACGCUGAGAAGAAGGGAGCACAGGUCGGUCAUAUUGAGGCUACCGCUGGAGGCAGCGUCAUGGGCUCAGCAAGCGGUGGCACUCUUGCCUCCUGGCGAUCGAUGGUGUCAGGGUCAGAUCCAUGGCAGAUGCUGUGGCAGAAACCCACCGCCAUUUGCGACUCUCUCUACAAAUCGUCCUCCAGUCCAAAGCCUACAUCUGAGAUACUACUGCGCUAUGCCCAAUGGCUGCCACAGUGCAAUGGAUACGGAGCACUCAAUCCCCUCGGCAUCCACAAUGCCCGAGCUGUCUACCACACCGCCGCUCUACUGAAUGUGGAGCCAGACAGCGACGACCGCAAGACAAAGUACAGCCCCACAUUCCAGUUCGUCGAUUUGCUGGUACACGCAGCCAGAGCCCCCUCGCCAAUCUCUUGGUUGGUUGCCAUCAUCGCCUCUUCGGCGGUACGCAUCGUGGCGCUCUUGAUGGCCAAUUCUGCCCUCGUGCGGAGUCUAUCUGCCAAGCUCGUACCUGUGGGUACUGGUCCUUCUGAGAAGGCACAGCGAGACGGCUUUGUGAACAUGAAGACGCUCGUCGUAGGCUGGAAGUCGGUGGACGACGUCAAGGGCGGACAACAGCGGACGCCCAUUGCUGCUAGCGUUGCCCGAUGGAAGGCCUCAAAAGCCGAUCCUGGCUACCUGAUGACCUCCCGCGUCAUCUCCGAAGUCAGUCUGCUCGUCGCUUUUGAUCGGAAGAAUGGAGACAAGAAGAUCCACUCUGGCGUGAGGACGGGCGCAACGAUGAGCAAGAAUCCUGCACCCCUCGUCGAGCGACUGCAAAAGUAUGCCAAGAUCGAUAUCGGCGUCGAGGAUUGGGACUAUGAGAGGAAAGGCGUCUUCAACAGUCUAGCUGGAGCUAGCUCUAGCACAUCGUCCGUAGCAGUGGCAUCAGCAGAAGCGAAGGACGCACUACCCCUGUCACUACCUGCUGAUCCGACCAACUCUUCGCCAUAUCCUCACUGCCCAGCAGGCUACAUUCCUCUCUCUGAAACGGACGGUGACAUUAUCCAGAUUACGUAUGAGCCGCUGGAUAUUGGCAAGAUGACCGAGGAGGUUUCGUCGAGGUGGGCCGGAGCAGUCGUGGCUUUUCUGGGGAUGACGAGGGAUGAUCGGACAGCUGGUAAGGGAGAAGAGGAAGGUGAGUGUGAACAGAGAGGGAGAGGCCAAUAGGAAACGCAGUACAUUGACCCGCGGGCGCUUCUUGCCUUCCCU